AUGAAUAUUCCGAGAGGAAUUAACACGGCAUUAUCGUUAGGUUGCAUAAGUAUAAUUUUGAUUACAAAUUGGAUAUCUCAAUCAGAAUGUGCUAUACCAGAUCCUGUUUAUUAUUUGGAACGUCAGGAAACUCGGUAUUUUGAUUUUUCUCCUGGAUUUUACGACUCUGAAACAAAUGUCACAGAUCCUUCAGACUGUAUAACAAGCUGUAGCAAGAACAACUUUUCAUGGUCAGCCAUAUCGAAUGAUUCGUUUUGUUUUUGUGGAAAUAAUUUACCACCGAGUACAGAAUUAUUCAAUGCAACUUGCCUAUAUUCAGAAAUGGUGGCUGUUUACCAAAUAGAACCAAAUGUUUUUAUCGGUCCAUUUGAGGUGACAACAGAUAAUGUGACAAUCAGACAAAUUGGAGAUGAGAUACCGAUCAAUUUUAAAAUACCGAUAGAAUUUAGAAACCUACCUGGUAUUAAAGUUUACGAAUUCGAUUAUGGAGAUACAAUACAGACGACAGAGAAUAUUUCAGAUAUUACUGCACCGCUAGUAGUAAGCUACAAUGCACCAGGUCCUGUAUGGCCAACAUUGAAGGGGAGAAAUGAAAAUGGUACCAUUACUGGCUCAGCAAGUUUAGCAUUAAUGAUUUAUGAACUGAUAACUCCAGACGAUAUUACACUUAAAUGCCCGCUAAUUGUUAUGCGUGGAUCUAUGUUCACUUGUCAGUUGAAUUGCAAUAAAGGAAGUCAUAUACAAGGGACUGUGUCAUUUGCAAACGACUGGCAAGAUGCAAUUUCAUUACCAGAACCAAAUUUUGACUGGAUAGGACUACCUCCGAAACGUAUGAAAGAUAAAUUGAUCAAUUACAGCACUGACAAGUUAAUUAUAACUGGUUCACAAGCUCGUUAUGAUGGAACAAUCAGUACAAUUCAAAUACAUUCACUUAUAUUAACUGAUAUCACCUUUUAUCUUUUACGUGUUCAAUGCACUACUGGUGUGUACAAUUUUGAGACCAACGACUGUUCAGUGACCAGCAGUCGUAGUGUAACGUGUACACAAGAUCAAGUGUUUUCUGGUUUAGUUCGGGAUUGCGUUAGCAUAUCAUCGUCCGAUUGUGGUAAUCUACGACAACUGAAGUUAGAUAAACCUACAACUGUGGAAAGCUAUGAUUAUCAAAUAGUAGGAAUGUACACGGUCAAAUUAACAGUCUUAGGUUGGCAGAGUAUUAAAUUGCCUUCAGUAUGGACUGUUCAGUCUGGUGAUCGGAUAGGAUUCACUAGUGCCGUAGCUGGAAGUAUUGGAUGUGCACUUUCUGGAUCAUACGAAGCUGACGAUUUAGAAACCUUAACAACAUUUUCCGGAACUAACGGAAGUUCUGUAUUAAGUAGUGAUCUAAAACGUUUGACUCUCAUGCGACAUCAGCUUGGUGCUUGGAUCAGACCAAUUCAUGACGCAUCAUUGACUGGAUAUGUAAAUACGACAGGCUAUCAAGAUAUCUCACUUCAGUUGUACAGUUACUGGGGCAAGAACUAUACAACACCGGCUCUCAUUAAAACUCCUAUUAUCAUAGAUGAACCUAUCAAUGAAACUGAGUUAAUAUUCAACAUGUGCGCUACAGAAAAAGAAUGUUUCCUGGAGCUUAAAAACCAUACAGGUUUGAAUGUUACUUAUGUUUGGGAUUUCGGUGAUGGAACAUUUCAGAAUACUACUACAGUUAGAUCGGUGCAGCACAUUUACACUACUGCUGGUAUUUAUAGUUUGACUGUCAAUAUAAGCAACAGUAUCCAGUUCAAAAUAAUUGUACAAAACGUGACUGUGAUACAGAGACUUGUGUUUAAUGAGAUACAAGGAAAUCAAUCGUGUGGCAUGAAUGAGCUAACUACACUAAGAUUAAAUGUAACUGGAGACCUAUUUAUAUGUUCUUGGUAUAUAAAUGGUGUUUUAACCAAAAAUGAUAGUUUGACACAGUUUGACUAUAUGCACACUCAAAGUGGUUUGAUAGUCUGGAAUGUGACUUGUAUAACACCCUUGGAAUCUAUUAGUAGAAAACUGGAACAAUUUGUAAUGGAGCGCUUGACAGGACUUUCACUUGUAACCAAGAGUUUAGGAGUUGUAAAAUCAGUACAGAUUGUUUUUUCUUUUAUAACUGGAAGUAAUUUAACAGCUCAGUUGAUCUUCUUGAAUCAAACUUUAAAUACAAAUAUUGAUUAUGUGCAGAAAACCAUUACAUCUGAACCAGUAAAUAUACCACAGGCAAUGUUUGCAGACUACAGCUUAUCAACAACUAAUCCACUGAGUUCAAAUUUAACUAUGGGUCAGAUACGGUUUGAUGUACCAGUGGUUGGCAUGAACAUUCAAAAUGAACCAAAUUACGUUAGCCCUUCGGAAAAUAUGGUUUUUCGUGUUUCAUUUCAAGAAGGCACAUCAAUUAUUUUGACUGUUAAUUAUGGGGAUGGUGAAGUAAUCGAGCGAUCAGCUGUGCAGUUGCAAGUAUGGCCUAGCGAUUUUCAGUUGACUAAAAAAUAUUCAAGCGCCAAUAUAUACACUGUGACAUUUUCAGCAUCGUCAGGAGGCAAUACAGAAAAUAGGACAAUCAAUGUUUAUGUCGUUGAUAAGAUUGGAAUUUAUAGAGCUCAGUCCAAUACCGAAUUUGCAGCUGUUCAGGAUCCAAUUAAUUUGAAUUUAACAAGGCAGUCUGGUAAUCCUGCAGUGUUAACUAAAAUAAGCAUAGAUUGGGGCGAUAACAGUCAGUUUACUAUGGACGAUUUCUAUGAGGGUAAUAUAUACAAUCAUAUUUACAAAAGUGAAGGAGAUUUCGGAGUUACAGCCUUGCUUACGAAUCCAGUCGAUCAAAAAGUUGUCAUUACAACAGUGAAAGUUAGGGCAAUAAUUGAAAAUUUCGGUUGUUUUGUUACACCAAAUCCAGUUGAGACAGGAAAAUUGUCAGUAAUAUCAGUAGUUUAUAAAGGUGCGCAAAAUGUUAACAUCAGUGCCUUGUUGAAAAACCGAACAGAUUCAAAACAAUUAUUUAUACCAGUACCUAAAUUAGUGGAGAUAAACUACAAUUAUCCUGUUGCCGGUUUGUAUUAUGAAGAGAUACAAGCUAUGAACAUGGUCAGUAACCGAUCAUGUUCACUCAUAGUUGAUGUACGGAAUAAAAUAGUAAAUGUGGAUAUCGCAUAUAGCGGUCAUGCAGUAUACCCACCUGGGUCGGUCACGUUUACUUUAACAUACACUGGAUUAGUUGCCGACUUUCCAACACUUGCUAAAUAUAUAGUGAUGUGGGGAGAUGGAAGUACACCCUCAGAAGGAAUGUUGACUGUGGCAAAUCAACCAGAAAAAAUUAGUCAUACUUUAACCGAUUUAAAUUAUUUUCAGGCUUCUAUUACUUUGGACAAUGUUGUAAGUAACAUGACAAGAAAUACUCAGAUCGCUGCCUUUGGUGUAUUCCAACAAAUCGAUCUAAUAGUAACAGUUGCAUCGACUGGUGAUCCUGGUUAUGGCAUAGAUGGAAAUUCAUAUCCACUGGGAGUUCAAUUAAAAUUCCAAGUACUUGCAGAUGGAAAACCAAACAAUGUGGCUAAUAUCACUUAUUCAAUUAUGAAUAAAACUAACAAUCUGACAGUGGACUCAGGAACUGUUUGGAACAGUUACUUUUUCUACUCAUUUAAAGAGUUUGGAGAAUUUAAAGCUAUAGUACUAGCUUCAAAUCUAGUGAGCGCAAAAUCAAUUUCAAAAGAAAUUUCAAUUAGAACUUCUUUACGUGGUUUGCAAUCUUAUCUUGUCGGUAAUGGUGCGCUGAAACCAAAUCAGCGAGGCACAAUACGUAUUUCAUUUGAAGCCUAUCCAAACGAUGCGUGUUUGUGUGUUAAAAAAUCAGAUGGUGUUGGUUCAGUUUAUUAUCCAAAAAUAUCAGAUCCUACCUCUGCCUGUUCUUUAUGUCCUGGUUACUUACGUUUGCAAGAUAAACCAAUCAAUUUAACAUUUUCACUGAGCGUUCAAUAUGCUUCAAGUGGACCACAGUACGUGUCUAUCCAGGCUAUGAGUCCAUCGACAAUAGUUAAUACCACAUUGUACAUACCUGUUACAUCUUCAGCAUGUCCUCCACCUAAAAUAUCUAUAUCUAAUGUAACAUCACAAUUAACCAAUUUUCCAAUCAAAUCAAUUUCUUCAGAGAUUACAAAUAUUGAAGCAGUACUUACUGUGUCAGAUUGUUUGCUAUCAGUUCCGAAUGAGAAACUGUGGACUUUAUACUCUAUUGAUAUGGAUACUGCACAGAUACUGAGGACAAUCUCACUAUCUGAACAACCUAGUUCGAAAACAUUAAGACUCGGUAUACCAGCUAACUUUCUCCCACCUGGGACAUAUAAAGCUACAUGUUCAGUGUAUUUUACACCUCCUCAAGAAGUACCAUACAUUAUCUCAGAAAGUGCAUAUAUAGUAGUUCUUCCACCACCAUUAUUAGUUCAGUUUGAUGUGGGUAAUCCAAUCAUGAAGACAACUGACUUAUCUCAAAAUGAGAUAUGCUUAAAACCUGGAGUUUAUUCGCUUGAUCCUGCCAUAAAUGAUGUAAAUGCUCCACAGGGAAUCGGAUCUUGGAUAUGGUAUUGCCGACAAGUUGGAGAAGAACUAUCAGCGAAGUUGAUUUCACCCAAACCUCCGGGUUAUCAAUACAGUUCAGACUACACAGGUUGUUUUGGUGAUGGUCCAGGAAUAAUUGAUACGAACAAUGGUACUUUAUGCUUUACAACGGAAAACUUUAGAAUAAAUAAAACAUAUGAAUUUACAGUUAUCGGCAGUAAACCACCCAAACGGAGUGGGAGAGCUACAAUGAGACUGUUAACUACAAGCGAAGUAGCUCCAGCCUUUUCAAUAAGAUGCAGUAUACCAUAUAUGUGUUACAAUCUAGAAUUCGACUUAUCAAAUUUAACCAGUUGGUUUAUUGCUGAAUCGGAUGAUCUUUAUGUAACAAUUUUCAUUGCGUUUGGAACCUUAAGCCCAGAUAUGCAAUUUAAAUGGACUAUUAGAGAAAUGUAUUCAGACGGCUCACUUUUACCAUUCAAUCAAACUCAACAAGAUAUCUACACAGAAGGCGUAUUAACAUCAUCAUGGCAUAUAAAAAAGGGAUACUUUAUGAACAAGUCAAAUAAUGUCAGUGGAUGUAUUGUCUGUUCUACUUUAAGUAAGAACAGUGAUAUAGGAACAUCUUGUUUACGGUUUAGAUAUUUGCCAAGACCCACACCAGGCACAUGUACAUAUACUUUGCAAGAUACAAUCAUGUGUGUAAACUGUACAAAUUUCACUAGUAUUGUUAGUCCAUUGACGUAUACAUUCUUUCUUAGGAAUUCAUCCAUCAAUAUUGUUCUUGCAGUUGGGAAUCGCCAUAGUACUUGUUUCGUUGUGCCUUAUAUGUACAGUCCACAUGAUGCAUGUGUCUAUGUUUCUGAUAAAUUUGGAGGUUCAUCAGAAGUAUGCUACGCCAAUAUAUUUGUUCAACCAAAGGCACUGGACGUUAUACGUGAUACUGUAAUAUUACUUGUAGAGGAAAAAAACACCACAUUAAACAGAUUGACUAUUACUGGACAGCUAACCGAAACUGCUGCACAAGUUAUCAGUUAUGCUUCUGUUGUGCAAAUUUUCUCUACUCAGAGCGCCACAAGUUCAAAUAAUACUUCAGAUGCAACAUUAAAUCGUAAUUUACGUUCUGUGAUUAUUCAAACUCUGGUCAAUGCUGUGAGUAAUUUUAUACCGACUGAUUCAAAUUCAUUCAUCUUAGCAAUGUCAAGCACUGAAAGCAUACUUAACAAUACAUUGGACGUAGAUAGAAGCUCCCAGUUGAAAUUAAACACAUACCUUUCAAAAGUAAUCGACUCUCUAGAAACAGUUGCUCAUGACAAUACAAAUCAACUAUUAAAAGUGAUCACAAAUGUAUUUCAAUCAGCGCUUCUUUUAGCUGAUGCUGGAAAUAAACAGAUUGAUAACCCGAUCUUCUUAGAUAUACCGACUGAUCCAGCUGCGCUCGAUUACAAUGUUGAUCUCGAGAAAGCAGGUCUACAAACUUCCGGUUCAGAUCCUAUGUAUGAUUUAAUGUUGCAAAAUAGUGCCAGUCAACAAUCAGUACUGGCUGGUCAGACAUUAGAUACUAUCGGUAAACUAAUGAAUACAGCACAAAAAGUCACACAAAGCCUGUUAAUUGAAAAUGCACCGCCAAUUACAUUUCAAACGUCAAAUGGUGUGAUUAGUCUUUUUAAGAUCCAACCGAAUGGUCUAUCAAAUAGGAUUUCUUUAUUGGAAAACAAUUCAAAUGGUGCUUUCGUCAACAAUUUAUGCAAAAGUCUUGAAGCUUUGAAUAAAAGUUGUUCAAGACCAUAUAGUUUCCAAUUAUCAAAUUUCAAACAACCAAACUUUACAAGUAUGGAUCCAGCGACAAAUCGACCGCGAUUACCAGCUGUACGAAUAGCUGUGGACAACACAGAAGUUUAUCAAGCUCUCUUAAUGAGUCAGCAGGUAGUGCCAAAUGACGUAGCGGUAUUUUUCCAGUUAUACCCUGAAAAUAUUUCUGAAUGUCCACAGUAUUUACUGUUUCUUAGAUUGAUUGAUCCUCCAGUAAUUUCCUUAUCAAGUGGAGGAUAUGAUAUGUGGACUACGCUACCUAAAGAUACUUCACAAUGUGUCAAUCUAACCACAAAUCCAAGUGAUCCAGACUACGGGUAUACAUUUAUGUUGGAUAAUCGUCAACUCAUGGAGCUCAGAUCAUCACAGGAAUUCAGAGAAAGAUCUGAACUUCUACAGAAGUCUGUAGCUCAAACAGUUUACAUAGGUUUUCGCCAACUGAAUCAAUACGAGAUCAAUAUGUAUAAAAGUACAAAUCCUCCGUCGAUUCCUUACCCAUAUAGAGAUCAAAUAAAUAACACAGCCCUUUCACGUUGGUUCUUAACAUCUUGUGUAUCUGGUCAAGUGGAUUCGUCGAAACAAUGGUCUACAAGCAAAUGUCGAGGUAAUACUAGUUCUCAUUCAUGGACCAAUGUUCUAACUAUUCAUGUAUGGAAAAUUACAGCUGUUGGUCCUAAAACUACCGUUCAACAGACUCAAUGUAUAUGUGAUGAAUUAUCCACGUUCACAUCUGGAUGGUUUGAACUGCCAAACAAUAUUAAUUUUAAUUAUGUGUUUGCUAAUAUGGAUUUUAACAAAAAUCCAACACUAUAUGCGACAGAGAUUUCUAUUUGUAUUCUAUUUUUAUUAAUACUUAUCUGGGCACGCAGAGAAGAUAUUAAAGACAUAGAAAAGCUUACUGUUAUACAAUUGGCUGAGAAUAAUCCGGAUCACGAGUAUUUAUAUGAAAUAAUUGUCAGUACAGGACAUCGUAGAUGUGCGGGGACUGAUUCUAAAGUCUGUUUUAUUCUUUCUGGACAAUAUGGUGAGACAGGCUGCCAUGUUCUACAAGAUUCCAAUAGGCAAGUACUGCGUCGUGGUGCAAUCGAUCGAUUUUUACUCGCUUGUCCAAGGCCACUCGGACCGUUAAUUUACUUACGUCUAUGGCACGAUAAUUCUGGUGUAGGCGAUAAAGCAUCUUGGUAUUGCAAUUACGUUGGAGUGGUUGAUUUGCAAACUAGAGAGAAGUCACAUUUUAUUGUUGAAAGUUGGUUUGCAGUUGAAGAGGGUGAUGGUCAGGUGGAUCGUAUUAUUCCUGUUACAAGUCCAGAAGAAAUGUUAACAUUCGUACACAUGUUCAGUACAACAGCUUCACGAAAUAUGUCUGAUGAUCAUUUAUGGAUAUCAGUUGUAGCCCGUCCAAUAUACAGUCGAUUUACACGAGUGGAAAGAGUUGCCUGUUGUUUACUUUUAUUAUAUUUAUCUAUGCUUGGUUCGUGUAUGUUUUACAAAGGUGAAGGAUCUGUCAAACAACCGAAAUUAAUUAGUCUUGGACCAUUUGGCUUUACUCCCAGUGAGUUUUAUGUAGCCAUUGUCAACAACUUGCUUACAUUCAUUCCAUUGUUUCUAAUCAUUUAUAUAUUUCGUAAUUCACGUCUUCGUGUUAGUCAUGCAACAAAAUUACGUAGUGCUAUUGAAGAACAUUUAGAUGAAAAAUUAUAUCUUGGGAAAGCUUCAUUUAUUUAUAAUAGUCCAUUAGCAAUACAAGACACAAACAAAGAUGAUCCUGAGGCGUUGGCUGAAAAUUCUGACGAUGCUAAAACUAAACAAAAGGGAUUUACUUUGUUUUGUGGAUGGCAAAUGCGUAUUCUCGCUUGGUUUCUCCUUAUCCUGUGUUUGGGUAUAGCUGUCGCUUUUACAACAUUCUAUGGUGUGAUGUUCGGUGAAGCCACUUGCAAAAAAUGGUUGUCAUCAUUGUUUCUAUCAUUCUUCAUAAGUAUACUUCUCGCCCAGCCAAUAAAGGUACUACUGAUAGCUGUGUUUUUUUCGUUCGUUUGUAAAUCAACUGAUCGAGUAGAUCAAUUAGAAGUUUUUGAAGAAGAAGAUCGAUUAAUUGCAACGUUAAGAAAGCGGUACCAACUUCGAAUGGAUGAAGAAUACUUAAAUAAUAACUAUUUAACUGAUGACUUUCGUCCACAACGUCUGGCAAUCUUGCCACCAGAUCCAUCAGAAUUGGCACGUGCUCGAGCUUAUCGACUGAAACAACGAAGAGCUAAUGAUAUCAUUCGUGAAGUUAUACUCUACAUAUUCUUCCUCACUCUGCUACUAAUUGUCAGCUUAGAUUUCCGUGAUUCCAAUGGAUUUCGCUUGAAAUCCAAUCUACAAAAUUUGUUCUUCCCAGAUUCAUUUCAAAGUAUGAGUGAUGUGAAUGAUUUCUAUACAUGGGCCCAAAAAGUUCUAAUUCCUGGUUUACGUGUAGAAAGAUGGUACAAUCGCAAUCCACCUUUGUUUCAACGUGGUUUCUUAGGAGAUAGAACCGAUCGAAUAAUUGGAUAUGGAAUGAUGAGACAACUACGAACCAAAAAAGAUUCAUGCAACGUCCACGAACUUGCAAAAAAUCUAUUCAAACAUUGUUACGGAAGUUAUGAUAUGUUUAAUGAAGACAAAGAAACGUAUGGGAUUUCAUGGGUUAAGUUUGAAGGAGAUGAUAAGUCUAAUAAUUCUGCACCAGAAUUUGUCUAUCAGAAUUCAUCACGGUUAAAAGGUUAUCCAUAUUUAGGACAGAUUGCAUGGUAUUCUGGUGGUGGAUAUGUUCAUUUACUAAGAGGUUCAAAGAAUGAAAUGUUAGACAAGAUGAGUUAUUUAAAUGACACUCAUUGGAUCGAAUUUUCUACACGGGCAAUUAUAGUACAAUUUACAGUUUAUAAUCCUAAUAUCAAUCUAUUCGCUAUUAUAACUGCUCUAGUUGAAAUGCCUGGUAUUGGAGCAAUGAUACCAUCAUAUCGUAUUGAAACGGCUAAUUUAUUCGGCGUUAUUGGUUCUGAAACUAAAGUUGCACAACUCACAUCUCAGGCACUAUUUGCAUUCAUACUAUUUUGUUAUUUAAUUAAAGAAAUACGUAAUAUGUUCAGGCAACGGUUGAAAUAUUUCACAAAAUUUUGGAAUUUUGUUGAAUUAUUUAUUAUUUGUGGCUCGAUAGCUGCUAUCGCUGCCUAUAUUUAUAUGAUCCUGUCGACAAAAUCAUCCAUUGAAGAAUUUUCACGUACACAUGGUAAUAUUUACAUGAAUUUUCAAUUAUUGGCAUAUUGGAAUGAAAAUCUUACCUAUUUAACGGCUAUAAUUUGCUUUUUUGCCAUGUUGAAACUUGUGUACUUGUUUCGUUUCAAUCAACGAGUUGGUUUGUUAGGAUCUGUAUUGAAAUAUGCAGCGACAGAUUUAAAAUAUUUUUGUUUUAUUUUCUUGGUUGUCUUUUCUGCAUUUGUAUUAGUCUUCUACUUAUUGUAUAAUGAUACACUAAAUGGUUUUAAGACAAUUUUAAAUGCUAUCGAGACAAGUAUGCAGAUUAUUUUGGGGAAAUUCGAUUUCACAAGUAUGUAUGAACGACAAAUGGUGUUGGGUCCAUUGCUGUUUGCUGCUUUCUCUUUAUGUGUUGUAUUUGUCAUGGUUAGCAUGUUUAUAGCUAUACUAGAUGAGAGUUUUCAACGUGUCCUUAAAGAUUUAAGUCUUCAGUCAGAUGAUCAUGAAAUGACUCAGUUCAUUGCAAUUCAAUUUAUCCAAUGGACUGGUCUGGAUAGAACAGCAUGGGGUAAGAAUUUCAUCAAAAACGGGCACACACAACAACAAGAACCAAUUUAUGAUCCAGAUAGUGAAUCUUCAAAACAUGUUGCUCAACUCAAAUCACUGAUGGAUGAAUUCUUGGAACAUGUUCAACAAAAUCUCAUGACGGAAGAGAAAAAACCAGUGAAUUUGAAAUGAUUCAUCUCAUUAUUGCCGUCAUGUUUGCUUGUAACAAUGAAAAAAGAGAAAUCACAAUUACCAUUGGUUAAUUCCAGUCAGAAUGACACAUUUCGAAAUUUCUGCCGCCUUAUUCACUGAUUAUUUAUUGGACAACAACAUCAGUCUCUAUUGGUUACACUGUGCACGUCUAUGUUAUUUAUUCAUUUUUUUUCCAC